AUGGGAAAAGCUGUACAUUGCACCGAAAAAUCAAACGAAAGACGAAAGCAAAGACACAACAACAAGACCAGAAGUAGUGAUGACAAAACAGGAACAUUAAGCAUCGUCGAAGACCUAGCAUCGUUGUCAGACGCAGAGAUCAAGACAAAGUGGCCAUGGAAGCAUCGUGAUCUGCGUUUCACCUCUUACGGCAAUUAUGAUAGAUCAGAAAAGCAGAUUUGCCCUGUAGGACUGACGGCUGAGUUUGUAGGAGAGGCGCAGGAAGAUCCCAACGCAGUCAGGAGAGUUUUGAAAGGUCAAGUUCAACUGGUCUACCUCAGUCCUGAAAAGCUAAUCAACAAUGAACUGUACAGAGGAAUGCUAAUGAGCCAACCCUACAGAGAUCGCCUGAAGGCGAUUGCGGUGGAUGAAGCGCAUUGUGUCAAGACUUGGGAGGAUGAGUUUAGAGUUGCUCUUUCUCUCAUUGGUGACAUUCGUUGCAUUAUUCCACCAUCUGUCAAGAUAAUGGCCUUGACUGCCACAGCGACCCUGGAAACACUGAAGGUCGUGAAAACACGUUUGUCCAUGCCUGAUCCUUACAUUGUAGCCCUUUCACCAGAAAGAUCAAAUAUCAGAUACUCUGUGGAACCAGACAUGACAGUUGAUGAGUUAUCAACAGCCAUCUCUGAGCAGCUAAAAGAUCACCCUCUGCAUUAA